GGGGUUUGUUUUUAAAACUGUUUUAUAUAAAUACGUUACGUUUGUCUACUACGCGACAAUUCUACUUUCGCCCGGCACAUCAUGUUCCCUCUUUCUACGAGAGUGCUCGCUGCAAAGGGUUGUCAUCUUUCGGUGCGACCAGGCUGCAACGCAGCCAUCCGCAGCUGUAGAGCAAGUUACCAUUACUCAUCGUCUCCGGGGCGUACCACGCAAGAUGAUGUUCUUCGCAUUGGAAAAUUUGUGCUGGGUUCCUUGCUCGCGAUGGGGACAAGUUAUUAUGUCUUUCAGUACCGCGAAUACGGGCUAAUGUCAAUGAGACUGGAGGCUAAUGCUACUACCAACCAUGCUACAUCUAGCAGUGAGUAUGAAGAGCUCCCUUCUGUACACCUCCAGAGGAGUGGCCCAGAAGAACUAUCUAGUGCAAGUGGUGCAGGAAUUACAACUGACGUGUUCGGGAGCUCCUCAUCAUCAGCGCCCACCUACGGGUCUCCCGAAGACGUUCGGAACGCAAUUGAGGAACUACGCGAUGCCCUCCCAGGCAUGGAUUGCGUUCAGACCAGCCCAGAUUCCCUCCGGGUGCAUGGCUCCUCCGACCAUUCGUAUCACCCGAGUUGCCCUCAUUCGGUUGUAGUCGUGGCACACAGUACAGAGGAUGUGGUGAAAGUUGUCAAUAUCUCUCGCAAAUACAAAGUUCCUAUCACUGCGUAUGGCGGCGCCACGAGUAUAGAAGGCCAUUUCAACGGUUUUCCUUCGGGUAGCAUAUGCCUUGACCUGUCUGCGAUGAAUAGCAUUUUGGAAAUCAAUGAGGCUGAUGGUGAUCUGCGGUGUCAACCUGGAGCGAAGUGGGAAGACAUAAACAAUACACUGAAAGACAGGGGCAUUCCUCUGUUCUUCCCUCUCGACCCAGGUCCUGGAGCUACUAUCGGCGGGAUGAUUGGUACAGGGUGUUCAGGAACCAAUGCAGUUAGAUACGGAACUGCUAAAGCAGAAUGGUUUCUUAAUAUUACGGUUGUCCUUCCAUCUGGCAAGGUAAUCAAGACACGCCGGCGGGCGCGCAAGUCGUCCGCUGGCUUCGAUACGACCAAACUCUUCAUCGGUGCCGAGGGAACACUUGGAAUAGUCACAGAGGCUACAUUACGAUUGGCUCCUCGAGUACCUACCAAGGUUGCCAUGGCACAGUUCCCUGACGUCGAAAAAGCGGUCAGUGCCGUCCAGCAGAUCCUUAAUACUCCAUACGGUUCCCACAUACAAUGCGUGGAGCUGUUGGACGAUCACAUGAUGGCAGCCAUUAACACUGCCGGGGUGGUUGAUGCUCCUUAUCCAGUGCAGGACACUCUCUUCUUUAAGAUUCAAGGAUCCCCUGAAUCUAUUCGAGAUGCCUCCAAUGUCGUCCAAGAGAUUGUACAACGUCAUGGCAGCACUCGAUUUGAAUUCGCGGCCACAGAAGAGGAGGCAGGUGAGAUGUGGGAAAAUCGAAAAUAUGCUUUUUUCUCAACGUUAGCGACUCACCCUGGUACAAAGGUUUGGACAACCGAUGUAUGCGUACCAGUGUCUCGGCUUCCGCAGCUUGUCUAUGAAACCAAAGAGGAUCUUGCCAAAGCUGGUUUGAAAUCGACUAUCGUUGGGCACGUUGGUGAUGGUAACUUCCACGCGCUUAUUUUAUUCAAAGACGAAGAAGAACUGCAGAAUGUUGGUGCGGCAGUUCACAGAUUGGUCCAUCGCGCCAUCCAGAUGGACGGGACAUGUACGGGCGAACACGGUGUAGGGGUAGGCAAAACAGAGUACCUUGUGGAAGAAUUGGGUGAGGACACUGUGGAACUGAUGAAAACCGUCAAGAACGCCAUCGAUCCUCUGAACUUGUUCAAUCCUGGAAAGUUGUACCCGGAAAAUAACAAGAUCAAGACACGUAAAUGACUUCGAUCACUAGCGACGUGAGUUCGCGGACACUCCGAGAACAGCGUACUUAGAUAGCCUUCUUGAAUUAUACACUCCUUAUUCACGACCGCUAAACAUUUCCUGUGCAUCUUACCACUCUUCCUUCGCCCACCCCAUCAGGAGUGAUCCAAAACUCUUCAAACAG